AGGGUGGGUGUGAGUUCCUUCUCAUUCUGGGACUCUGUCUCAUUACGGAGGGAUUGGGGGAAGAGAGCUGGGUGCUCAUUUUAAUGUCACCCUCUGUCCUGUUCUCACAGAUACGCCCUAGGGAACAAUGGCAGCAGGCAAUGACUCUUCAGUGACCCAGUUUAUCCUGCUGGGUUUAACACAACAGCCAGAACUCCAGCUGCCUCUCUUCUUCAUUUUCUUAGGAAUCUACGUGGUCACCGUGUUGGGGAACAUGGGCUUGAUUAUUCUGAUUGGUCUGAAGCCUCACCUGCACACUCCCAUGUACUACUUUCUCUUCAACCUUUCCUUCAUUGAUCUCUGCUACUCGUCUGUCAUAAUGCCUAGAAUGCUGAUAGGUUUUGUAAAGCAAAACACCAUCUCUUACGAGGAGUGCGUGGCUCAGCUCUGUUUCUUCUCCUUCUUUGUCAUUGAUGAGUGCUGUAUUUUGACAUCGAUGGCCUAUGACCGGUAUGUGGCCAUCUGUAAGCCCCUGCUUUACAAGGCCGUCAUGUCCCACCGGGUCUGCCUCAUGCUGAUGGCAGGAACAUAUGCAAUGGGGUUUGUGGGUGCCAUGGCCCACACCGGGUGCAUGCUGAGGCUCACGUUCUGUGAUGGCAACAUCAUUCAUCAUUACAUGUGUGACAUACCUCCUCUCCUUCAGCUCUCCUGCAGAAGCACCUACGUCAACGAGCUGGUGGUUUUCAUUGUGGUGGGAAUCAAUGUAAUAAUGCCCAGUCUCAUCAUCACCAUUUCUUACAUCUUGAUCGUCUCCAACAUCCUCCGUAUCCGUUCUACAGGGGGCAGGUCCAAAGCCUUCAGUACCUGCACCUCCCACAUAGUUACUGUUUCUCUCUUCUUUGGAGCAUCAGCAUUCAUGUAUCUAAAACCUUCUCCUGCUGGGUCCCUGGAUCAAGAUAAGGUAUCCACAGUUUUUUAUACCAUUGUGGGGCCAAUGAUGAAUCCUUUUAUCUAUAGUCUGAGGAACAAAGAUGUCAAAAUUGCUAAGACUUUUAAGAAAAGGGUGUUCUCUUGA